CAAGAGCAAACUUAAGGUCUGCUUCCCGCACAAAAUGAAUUUCAUUAUUGCUGUCCUGGUUCUGGGGACACUCUGCCAAAAUACUCUCGCAGGGGGCAAUUCAGAUUUGGAUGACAUUAAACGAAGAUUUGACAGAUUGGAAGAUCGAUUUUACUCGGAAAGAGUUAACAUUGUGAGCAAGAUGCUCCUACAGGACGCACCUCCUGAAACAGAAGAAAAGACGUUUAAGAAUAUCGGCCUCUCGAAGUCUUAUUUUUAUGAAAAUGAUAAAGAAAAAAUGAAAACCUGGCCGGAGGCUGUGAAUUACUGUAAACAACUCGACGCCCAUUUGGCGAGUCCCCAAAACGAAGCCGAAUUCCUACGUUUAAAGUACGCUGAUGGCAUCGAAAAUUGCUGCAGUUACUGGAUUGACAUCAGUGAUCAUGUCAGUGAAGGGACAUUUCUUUCCCAGACUUCUGGCCUUCCAGCUCCUUAUAUUGAUUGGGGCUGGGGAGCACCCAGUUCAAGCACUAGAGACGAAGAUUGUGUGCAACUGCGUGGUGGCUACGGACACGACAUGUAUGACGCCAAUUGUAUGGACAAAAACUUUUAUAUUUGUGAAAAAAAUCCUGAAGUACCUUUCUUUAAGAGGUUGUGGAAGUGGAUUACAGAACUUUUUUGAAACCAAAAAUCAUUAAAAAUAAAUUAUAUCGAUGUU